AUGGAUUUGGGCUUGAGCUCCGCUGUCGUUCAUGGCCGGAGUCCCCUGAGGCGGCAAGGCCCUGGUGGUAGUGGACCGGUGCUGCAACGGUACUACAACCCUGAUGUGGUCUUCCAAGAUGCAGCACGACAUGGUCGGGAUGAAAUUGAUCUGAAUGUUGUUGUGGAGCCAUCGAUUUUCCUUGAUGAUGAUAUGAAAAAUGUUGCGCACGAAGAAGAAGAUGAUGGCAUUGAUCUAAAUGAUACUCCGGGAAAUGAUAGUGACGAUUCGUUGCAGCUAAACACGGAUGGUGUAGCUCCAAAUCAUGGCAAUGCCCGUGUGGCUAGUGAUAAUGCCAAUGGAAAUGCUGCAACACUUGUUAACAAACCAGAUGAAGAUAUAUCAUCAUAG